CCCCACUGACCGCGACUGCGUCCACGCAGCCUGAGCCAGCACUAGCCAGCAUGCAAUAGCAAUACCCAGCGCACUGUCGCUCCUGUUCCAUGCGCAACAACCGACCCAACCAACCGCGGCCACCAAUGGACGCUUCUCACAGCUCCAGAGAGAGAGAGAGAGAGAGUGAGUGAGUGAGAGAGGGAGACAGGGCCGCGUGGCUUUGAACCCUCCUGCCAAGAUAAACGGGCCCUGCCCUAUUUAUGCCGCAGCCCUGUCUCCACGAGACGCACUCAUUCGGAGACGCUCUUCUUCCUGGCGACGUGAGAGGCGAGGCGAGGCGAGGCUGGGAGCGUUUGUGCGCACAGCAAAGCAGAGCUGGCACUCUGAUCUGGGUCACGCAGUGAUACUACCCUUCACACAACAACAACAGCACACGCGCACAGCCCAAAUAAACUCAAGGAGCCGGUGUCUUUGGGAGUGUGGAAUGAGAACUUUUGCGCGCCACAAUGGCGGGGAUGGUGGUGAGCGGUGACCCGGACCCGAGGCCGUGUUUCUAAGGCACUCAUCCUCCUCCCCCUUAAUCAUCACAUCCCCAAAGUGGGGAGAGAGGCCGCGCCACAGGGGGAGGGGGUCCAGGCCGGCGAUCGCUCACCUUUUACCGGUUUCUACCCGCUUGUGUUGCGCCGGAGGUUGCCCGGGCCGGCGGCAAAAGGACACUAGGUGGGAAUGCGACUCGCCACGGUGGUGACGUUCCUCACCGGCUGCGCCUUGAUUCUCUCUGCAGGCACGGGGGGCUGUGGCCCGGGCAGAGGCUACGGCAAGAGGCGGCCGCCGAGGAAACUCACGCCGCUCGCCUACAAGCAGUUCAGUCCUAACGUGGCCGAGAAGACGCUGGGCGCCAGCGGCCGCUACGAGGGGAAAAUUACGCGCAACUCGGAGCGCUUCAAGGAGCUGACUCCCAACUACAACCCCGACAUCAUCUUUAAGGACGAGGAGAACACAGGUGCAGACCGGAUGAUGACGCAGCGCUGCAAGGACAAGCUGAACUCCUUGGCUAUCUCGGUGAUGAACCUGUGGCCGGGCGUGCGUCUGCGCGUCACCGAGGGCUGGGACGAGGACGGCCACCACUCGGAGGAGUCCCUCCACUACGAGGGCCGCGCCGUCGACAUCACCACCUCGGACCGCGACCGCAACAAAUACGCCAUGUUGGCCCGGCUGGCCGUGGAGGCCGGCUUCGACUGGGUCUACUACGAGAGCAAGGCGCACAUACACUGCAGCGUCAAGUCAGAGAACUCAGUGGCGGCCAAAACCGGCGGCUGUUUCCCGGCAACCUCCUGGGUGACCUUGGAGGACGGAGGUCAACGGCUAAUGAGCGACCUCCGACCCGGCGACCGAGUCCUGGCCUCGUCCAAUCACGAACGAGGAGACGGUGGCGACAGUGACCUCAUCUACAGCCCCGUCCUCGCCUUCCUGCACCGUGACCCCGCGACCCGGAAGCACUUCUACACCAUCGGCACGGAGAGUGGCACCCGGCUCUCCCUCACCGCCUCCCACCUCCUCUUCGCCUCCCGCGGGCCCUGCAACGCCACCUGGGUCGCGGCCCAUAUGUGGACCGUGUUUGCAUCUGACGUUCAGCCCGGGAUGUGCGUCGUCGUGACCUCCGGACAGGCAGGGGGCAGCGUUGGCGUCGAGCACCCUGCUCGAUUGUCCCGGGUGGUGGACGUGCAGGCGCGGGAGGGAGAGGGGCUGUUUGCCCCGCUUACGGAGCAUGGGACGCUGGUGGUGGACGGGGUUCUGACGUCGUGCUAUGCAGUGGUGGAGGACCACUCCCUGGCCCACUGGGCUUUCGGGCCGCUCCGGACGCUUCUACGCUGGACGGGAACGGACCGGCACCACCAGGACUCCUCCGGUGCCCUGCACUGGUACUCGCGAGCCCUGCACUGGGUCGGAACGCGGCUCCUGGACUCGGCACAGUUCCACCCAUGGGCAGGACAGAUUUAAACCAGAGAGACACAGUGAGAGAAAGGACGUCUGCGCUUCAGCCCUUGUGGUGCUCAGCCACAGUCGAGGACAACAGAAUCAAGACAGACUGGGCUACUUCUCAGUGACUAGACCCAGGGAUGACCGGAGCACACAACAUACUUUUAGAGGGUUUUUUUAUUUUUUGGCGCACAAUGUGACUGACGUUUCAACGCACCUGCGUCUUCCUCAGAGUCACUCUAAAGUUGAGUUUGUCUUCAAGAGAGAUAGAGUACAUGAUAUGCACACUCACUGGCGUAUCUUGCCACCAGGCUAGGCAGGCAGCUGCUUGGAGCAACAUUGGGGGGCGACAUUGAUGAAAUGAUGAUGAAAGUAGAUCUUUAAAGAGACAAUUUUGAGUUCAUUUAAAACUGGCAACAUCUUUGGAGGCUGUUUGUUAAACAGCUCAUUAGAGGUAGCCUGAUUAUCGUCGACUUUCAAAUCUCUUCGAAACCAAGAGCAUAACAAUUAACAUUUCCCAAAGGGGAUUUCCCAAAUGGCCUCCCUUGGUUUGCUAAUGAUUGUUUGCUUCCCAACAAAGUGGGAGAAGUUCCCGUAUUUGCGGGAACUCAGAAAGUACUUGCAUUGCUCUUGACCUGACUGGUAGCGACGCUGAAGCUGUUGCGUCACUAGGAGGGCGCGGCCUGGCUACAUUACAGGGGGAGGCAGGGCUGAUGACAGGUUUGGCCGGGCCCAGAACAAAGUUGUCUGAAAGGGCCCCACCCCAGCCUAAUACAUACAAUGUAAUGAGGGCCGGAUUUUGGGCGGCCCUCUCUGUCCCCUUAGUCCUCCCCCUGUCGGCAGGGCACCCCUGGGGUGAGUGACCAUUGG